AUGGACAAAACUCCACUUAGCCCCAAAUCCUCCACUCUUCCUUCCCCUCCCAACCCAAAAAUUCUACUUGAAGAAGAGAUCUCUACUGGCCUGACGCAUAUUGACUGGCAUCUGUUUGACAAUCUUAUAGGAGUAGGGUGAGCUAGGAUUAGAGGGGAAGGGGAUAGGGGAGUUUGGGUACAGGGCAAUGGGGAAUUGGGUACAGUGAGUCUGGGACUACAGUUUGAGACGAUAAAAGAGCCAAGGUUCAACACUUUUUAGGAUACUGAAAGAGUUUAAGGUGUUUGAUAGAGUUGCUGAUGAUAAAAAGCCUUAUAUUAAGAUAAGAGGUUUUGGUGAGAAGGAGAUCUCAAGGGCAUGUUUUCGUAGAAUUAUUCAAUCUAUGCGUAAAAGUGCAAGGAAAGAAGCUGAGCAUUAUAGUCUAUAUGUCAAGAUGGCUGAUACAGGAGGAAAGAAGCUUCCAUUUAGCUUAUGAAAGAUCAAUAUUUUCAGGAAUCUCCACAUGAUUAAGGAGACUCUCAAUAUAGAAGGAUUCAAACUAGGAAAAUAAUGAUAUUAUGAGAGUAUUAGUAGCUUCAAGACACCUCUUUGUCAUAAAAAUUUCCGAUUGACAGAUUCCUGAGCAAAAAUUUACCAAAAAUUUCCUUAACACAAAAGUCCAAGAAGGAAUCAACAUCGAGGAGAUCUGCUUCAAUGAUUGUACCCUCAUAGACCAAUCAGGAGAGAAAAAGCCUUUGUACUUGAUCAAGAACCUGAUGGAUGGGAUCCUUGGUUCUUCUCUACCAAAAUACAUAGACAACAUAUCCUUCAAAUAUAGCGACCAUUCUUGAUUCAUGUCUCUUAAACAAGCUAGUCAUCACUACAAAAAGGAUAAAAGACUCAUUAUAAUGUUAGAGAUGUGUAGGGUCUCCUUUGACUUCAUGGAAAAAAUGGAAGAAAUCGAUGAACUAGAUUAAAAUGGCA